UUUUGCCAAGUACUUAAGAGGGCAUCUCAGUAUUGUAACCAGGAAUGUUGCUUUCUCAUAAUUUAAGAUCAUAGUUGAUUCCCGUUCAAUUCACGUUAUAGAUAUCAAUUAAACCCUGCUACAUAUACUAGUAGGUACGCCCACUGAUUUACUUUGGUGGUUUGGCGCAUUUCACAGUACGGAAAUAACGAAGAUACCAAGUACCUACCAACCUUUGUUGUUUGAACCCCUCCAUCACACCUUACAAAUACGCCGUACCUCCUUCCGAUUCGUAGCCUGCCUAAACUAUACUUAAUACUUUAACCCUAAGCAAAAUUUUUCCAUCUUCUCUCUCUUUUCUCUUCUCUUCUCAUCCUCAACCCAAUUCUCCUUUUCCGUCCCUUCUUGUAUUCACUUUUAUUCUUCAACGUCUCAAGCUAGCCAAGUAGACCAUCCCUCAUUAUGUCUGCUUGGAACAAUCGGGGAACAGGAGGAGGUGGUGGUGGUGGCAGCCAAUACGGCGGCGGGGGUCAAUAUGACCGAGAUAACCCGUUUCGCGGCGGCCGGGGUGGCGGCCAGCGUGGAGGAGGACAACGCGGAGGCGGAGGCGGCUACAGAGGCGGCGGCGGUCGAGGUGGCCGCGGUGGUUUUAAUCAGCCUGCCCAAAUUUUCACCCCUGCGGGUGGAGCUCCAGCUCCCAAUUCUAAUGUUACGAUGGUCGAGAACGCAAUCCAGGCAAGUAAGGGGUCCGCCAAUAUCGCGAACCUCAAUCUUGAAGAAAGAUUCCCUGCUCGUCCUAGUUAUGGCACCAAGGGAGCACCCGUCACACUUUGGGCAAAUUACUUUGCUUUGACACUUCCGUCCAAGCUAGUUCUCUACAGAUACGAGGUAGAGGUUAAGCCUGAAGCUACAGGUAAAAAGAGAGUGCAGAUUAUUCGUCUGUUACUCGAGUCUCCUGACCUAGCGCCUCUUCAAGCCGACGUCGUCACGGACUUUAAGUCGACACUUAUCUCGCGAAAGAAAUUUGAGAAUAAAGAGUUCUCAAUUACCUACAAGGCGGAAGAUGAAGAUGAGCCCCGUGAGGGUGCUCGUAAAACCACUGUCACCCUCAAAUUUACUAAUCUUCUUGAUGUUUCCGCACUAUCUAAUUACCUCAAUUCGACAAACUUCUCGGCUCGGUACGAUGAGAAGUUGCCGAUGAUCCAGGGCUUCAAUAUCUUCCUGAACCAUUUCGCCAAGUCGGCCGGAAAUCUCGCUACUAUCGGCGCAUCGAAGACCUUCACCAUGGGCAACAAUUCAGACACCUAUGAUCUUGGCAAGUGUCUCAUCGCUAUGCGCGGGUUCUUCGCUAGUGUCCGUGCGGCAACAGCUCGAGUACUUGUUAAUGUUAACGUCGCUCAUGGUGCCUUUUACCAGCCAUGGGAGCUUGAGGAGAUGAUCAGUCGUUAUAAUGCGGCGACUCUCUAUAAAUUAGAGGGGUUCCUAAAGAAAGUAAGAGUUGAGACCAAACAUCUGCCGAAAAGGAAGAACAAGUCCGGAAAGGUAAUACUACGAGCCAAGACCAUCUUUGGCCUUGCCAAUGGGAACGAUGGCUAUAAUUCUGAACAUCCACCUCGUGUGAGGGCGUUUGGUGCUGGGGCAAAAGAUGUGGAAUUUUGGCUUGACGAUAAGUUGUCCCCGAAGAACUCUCCUGCUUCUACACCCGGAAGGAAGAAGGGUGGAAAGGGGGCCCAGAAGCCAGCCACUUCUGGUGGACGUUACAUCUCUGUAUAUGAUCACUUCUAUCAAGUACAUAAGAUCACUAUUACAAACCCUCGAAUGCCCGUCGUAAAUGUUGGUAACAGGGAGAAUCCUUCGUACUUGCCGGCCCAGGUCUGCAAGGUUUUACCAGGUCAACCCGCCAAAGCGAAGCUUGACCCCGAUCAGACGAGCAGUAUGAUUAAGUUCGCGGUUCGCCCGCCCUCUGAUAACGCGACUUCUAUCAUGAAUAAGGGAAGGCAGACCGCCGGAUUGGCUCCUGAUGUAAAUCCGCGACUGGGACAAUUUGGCAUCACAGUAUCCACCCAGCUCAUUACCGUCCAAUCCCGUGUCCUUCCCAGUCCCAAUGUUAUGUACAGGCAGAACCAGAAGGCACGGGUAGACAACGGGAGCUGGAACAUGGCCCCUCGCGACGGCCCAAGAUCACAAUUUUCAAGCAGCACGAUUUUGGGGGCAUGGACCUGUCUAUACCUCGGAAUGCCCCAAAAUAUGUAUUACAAUGCCACAAGACUCGAUCAAAACGGUGUCCUUGGCAUCAUGAAAACCUUCUCCACCGUCAUGCAACAGACAGGAAUCCAGAUGGGUGCUGCCAGGCAGGCGCAGUUAGUACAGCUAAGUGAUAACGAUGACCCCAAACUAGAAGAGGUCAUACAACGUUUGGCUGGAAUGGAGUUGCAGCUGGUGCUUGUUAUUGUUCCGUCGAACCAAACACCACUAUACGACCGCAUUAAGCAACUCGCAGACGUGAAAUACGGCAUCCAUACAGUUUGCAGUGUGGGCAGCAAGAUCACCAAAGCCCAGGGCCAAGAUCAAUAUCUCACAAAUGAGGCUUUGAAAGUGAACCUCAAGCUUGGUGGCAACAACCACUUCAUCGACCCCUUGAACUUGGGUAUUAUUUCUGAAAAUAAGACUAUGGUUGUCGGAAUUGACGUAACUCAUCCGUCCCCAGGUUCGAGCGCACAUGCGCGCAGUGUUGCGGGUAUGGUAGCAAGUGUUGAUAAUCGGCUUGGCCAAUGGCCAGGUAUCCUCAGCAUCCAGAAAGCUCGCCAAGAGAUGGUAACCAACAUGAAAGAUAUGCUCAAAUCGCGUCUCAACCUUUGGAGGACAAAGGGAAAGCAUGAUGCGUAUCCUGAGAAUAUCCUCGUGUAUCGCGAUGGUGUGUCAGAAGGCCAGUACAAGACGGUCCUCGAUGAUGAACUUCCGUUACUCCGUGAAGCCUGUCAGGAGGUCUACUCAGCCCCAGAUCAGAAAAAGGGUCUCCCGCGCAUUACCCUAAUCGUGGUCGGCAAACGUCACCAUACCCGUUUUUACCCCACGAAGGCGAGCGAUGCAGAUCGGUCAGGCAAUGCACGUUCAGGAACAGUGGUUGACCGUGGCGUUACCGAGGCUCGUAGCUGGGACUUUUUCCUCCAGGCGCACGCGGCAAUCAAGGGAACUGCGCGACCAGCCCACUAUUUCGUUCUAAUAGACGAAAUUUUCAGACAAAGAUACGGCAACAAAUCUAAAACUCCCGGGAAGAAUAUUUCUGACGAGCUACAAGAGCUCACUCAAAGCAUGAGCUAUGUUUUUGGUCGCGCGACCAAGGCUGUAAGCUAUUGCACACCCGCCUAUUAUGCCGACAUUUUGUGCGAGCGAUCGAGACGCUACCUAAAGGACGAAUUUGAAACCCCAGGCAAUUCCACAGCACCGUCAACAGCGGGAAGCGCCGCUGCACCUGGCGCAAUUGGCACAACUUCGCAGGUCCCCGUAACAAUCCAUCCCCGAUUGCGGGACAGUAUGUUUUACAUCUAAUCAGAUCCAAGGAGAUGUGCGAAUGAAUCGUGGUGAAAAGAAUAUGGGAGAUUAACCUACGAAGUCUCGAAUGCUAGGAAUGCUACGAAUGAUCAACAAUUCGAAUAACAAAUUGAUUUCUGCUUCUAAUUACUCAAGCACUUAUAUUAAAGCAAAUGAAUCCGACUUGCUAAUUCGAGGGUAAUAGAAACGAAAGAGAUGGAAUG